CGCAUUGUUAUGACGUACACGAGUGGCUCCAUUGUCCUACACGUCAACUGAUGAACUUGAGAGAACAUGAACCGUGCAAGGGUUAAGCACUUUUGUCCUUCGGUUUUGCGAUAAUGACUUGUUCCCGGUAGAGCUACUGGCAGGGAUUUUCCAUUGAGCUUUUAACCAACCGGUCAAGAGGAGAGGCUCUGAUAUUUUCCUAGAGCUGCGAUCCAUGUCAGCUGACAGGAUGUAGGUGGAAACAGGAGCAGGAAACCGGGCCGAGGGUUUGAGUCUGGCAGGGAACGGGUGAAAGGGAGAUGAAGAAGAUGAAGUAAAGAAGUGAAUCUGCUUCACUUGCACAUGACACUGCAGUUUGUGUAGAUGCCUCCUUCAAUACCAGAAUGAGCAUUAAGGCUUUUGAACUUUGUCUUGCUGUAGAGCGAGAUCUCUUAAUGGGAGACAAAGCCCGUAUCAAUAUUGAAUGUAUAGAAUGCUGCGGCAAAAAUCUUUACAUAGGCACUAAUGACUGCUUCAUCUUCCAUUUUGUACUUGAAGAAAGGAGUUUGGCAAAUGGAAAACAGACCUUUUCUGUUCAGCGGCAACCACACAAAUACUUGGGUUUAAAAAAGCCAGUUAAUGAACUUAAAGCAGCUUCCGCCCUCAAUAGACUAAUAGUUUUGUGUGACAAUACCAUUAUGUUGGUUAAUAUGCUCAGCUUGGACCUCAUACCUUCUGGAUCUAAAAUCAAAGGUGUUGUCACUUUCACUGUGAAUGAGAAUCCUGUAAGUGGCGAUCCAUUUUGUGUAGAAAUCUGUGUUAUUUCUAUCAAGAAAAGGACUAUACAAAUCUAUAUGGUGUAUGAAGAUAAAGUGCAAAUUGUCAAGGAGCUAUCAACACCAGAACAGCCUUCUGCAGUCAGUUUAGAUGGGUAUUUUCUCUGUCUGGCCUUCACCACACAAUAUAUAAUUUUGAAUUAUAACACUGGAACUUCACAAGAUCUUUUUCCAUAUGACAGCGAGGAGAAGAAGCCCAUAGUGAAGAGAGUUGGCCGAGAGGAGUUUCUUUUAGCUGGUCCUGGUGGUUUAGGAAUGUUUGCUACAGCAGCAGGAGUUUCACAGCGUGCACCAGUCCAUUGGUCAGAGAAUGUAAUUGGAGCAGCAGUGUGCUAUCCUUAUGUUCUGGCUCUGGAUGAUGGAUUUGUUACCAUUCAUAGCAUGUUGGACCAGCAGCUAAAGCAGACAGUGUCUUUUCGGGAUGGGCACAUUCUACAGGAUUUUGAAGGAAAAGUCAUUUUAGCAACAACAAAGGAAGUAUACAUGCUGGUACCUUUACCUCUGGAAAGACAAAUUCAGGACCUCCUUGCUAGCCAGAGAGUAGAAGAAGCCAUUGUAUUAGCAGAAGGUGCACGCAGGACUAUUCCUAAAGAUAAAUUCCAGGUUUUGCACAGAAGAAUUCUGCAACAGUCAGGGUUUAUUCUCUUUGGCCAGCUUCAGUUUUUAGAAGCUAAAGAAUAUUUCAGAAAAGGACGUCUUGAUGUCAGAGAGCUGAUUUCUCUCUAUCCUCUACUUCUACCUUCGACAUCUACUUUUACACGUUCCCAUCCACCUUUGCAUGCUUUUGCUGACCUGAACCACCUCACCCAGGGUGACCACAAUAAGAUCAUAAAAUGCAAGCAAUUUCUUAUUAGCUACUUGAAUGAGAUCCGCACAACAGAGGUAGCCAAUGGCUGUAAAGAGGAUGUUGACACUGCACUUUUGAAACUGUAUGCAGAAACAGGCCACGAGAGCUUGUUGGAUUUAGUGGCAUCUGAGAACUCCUGUCUCCUGGUGGAUUGUGUUCCAUGGUUGGAAAAGUACCAUAAAUAUUUUGCACUGGGACUUCUUUAUCACUAUAAUAGACAGGACGAUACAGCAGUUCAGAUAUGGAUUAAAAUAGUCAAUCGGGAUCUUCAAGACAACACUCGAGCAGAUUUGUUUGAAUACAUAGUGGAUUUUCUCAGCUUCUGCUCCAAUCAGGAACUUGUUUGGAAAUAUGCAGACUGGGUGUUACAGCAAAAUGAAAAGAUUGGUGUUCAUAUUUUCACAAGACGGCCAGCAAAUGAAGAUAAAGUUAAACUAAAUCCAGAUGUUGUAAUCAAAUACCUUCACAAAUACCCUCAAGCAGUUGUUUUCUAUCUUGAACAUUUAGUGCUUGACCGAAACAUUCAGAAAGAGGCAUUUCAUACUCAUCUGGCAGUCUUAUACCUUGAAAGAUUUUUGGAUCUAUAUUCUCAAAAGAAACAUUCAUCCGACGAACUAAGCUAUGUCAGAGGCAAACUUCGAAAGUUUCUUCAGCAGUCCAGUCUAUACAGGGUUCACUUCAUUCUUGGUAAAAUUAAGGACACACAACUUGAUUUGGAGUGUGCAAUUCUUUAUGGAAAGUUGGAAGAACAUGACAAAGCAAUGAAUAUUCUUGUUCACCAACUGAAAGAUUUCAAGGCAGCAGAAGACUAUUGUAUAUGGAACUCCAAAAACAGGGACUUCUCCUAUAGACAGAAGCUAUUUCACAUGCUGCUGUCAACAUAUAUGGACCCUCUUUUAACUAGCAGUGAAUUAUCAGUUGCUGCCGUUGACCUUUUAAAUAGCCAUGCAGAAGUAUUUGAUGCUACUUGGGUUUUAAGGCUUGUACCAGAUAACUGGUCUAUGCAGCUAUUAUGUCCCUUUCUGAUUGAAGCAAUGAGAAAAAGCAUGCAUUCCACGCGAAUGUCUCAAGUUGCCUUGGCACUGGCACACUCAGAGAAUCUGAUCUAUAAACAUGAGAAGUUAAAAUGCCAAGCGGAGAAAGUGAUGCUUUCCGAAAAAAAGGGCUGCCAACUAUGUCACAACACGUUCAAUGAUCCGGAGUUUGUGUGGUACUCCAGUGGUGUUCCUGUUCAUACUCAUUGUGCAAUGAAAAGAAAUAAGAAUCUCACAGAUAUGAAGCACUUGACAGAUGCCAGCAAUCAUACCUGAUGGACACACAGUGAAUGAUUGCACUUAUUCAUCAGAAAAGACAAAGAACCGCCGUAUCGAGAAAGGAGGCCAAAUGAGAAACACAAUUAUGGCUUGAAAAAAAUGCCGAAAGAAGCACUGGACUAUAAUAACACUGAAAAGGUGGCAACAAAUCUGUACGGUAUGAGAACGUGCAAAGAAAUGGAAGAACUGUGCUGGAACAGAGUUUUUCUACUCAAUCUGUUAUGUUUUUUAGAUAACACACUGUAAGAAGAGCUACAUUCUACUCUGCCAAUUUCAUGUACUGGUUAUAUCAAUCAAUACUAUCCUGUUUUGUACAUUGAAAUAAAAAAAUUAUGGUUUGGUUAUAGCAGACGUAACCCAAUAAGUGAGUGCUUUAAAAUGAGCGAUGCAUGAUGGAGGUGGCAUUCCUUGGUUGAGGCAUUUUAUCAUUUCUAAUCAUUCUUAGUAUUAGCAAGGCAGAAAAACCUCAAACCUUUGAAAUGAAGCACAAUUACUUGCAGCCUGAUAAGGCAGACAGCCAUUUUGUCUAGGACAGGAUCCAGUUUAGCACUCCUUCAUGUCAGGGUAGGUUUAGACUGUCCACUGUCUCAAAUCGGGGCAAGACUGAGAUGAAAAUAGAACUAAAGAAUGUGAAUUAAAUUAAAAAAUAUAUAAAUGUAUAUCCUUGGCUUCUGUGGGCAUGAUUACUGGCAUCCUAGUGCACUAGUGAUCUGUUCAGUCAAUCCAUUGCUAUUUUUAGUAUUGUUAAAGGUACCUUCUGUCAACUUUUAGGAAUGGCAUUCUUAAAUAUUAGUAGCUGAAGCUUUAUGCUGUGAUCAUUCAACAGACCACUCCUCAGUAGCACUUACAAUCAGGCAGCCUGGUAGUGUAUUUGUUUAUUCGUUGUAAGAAUUAAGCUGUCCACUUACCUUUUAAGUAGCAGAUUCUAAGAGAGCAGAGUCAGUGCUAUAGGGUUGGUUCACCUUCAUUAAAACUACAACAGAAAAACCCACAAGUGAUGGAGUUAAAAUACUAAAUUCUAAACCACGUGGCAAUGCUUACACGUCAAUACACAUUCAAAAUGUAUGCUAUCCCUUUGUGUACUGUAAAUACUAAGAGAACACUUCAAAAAUGUUCUGUGUCCUUCAUUUUUGUAAACUCCUACAGCGUACCUCCGAAACAAAUAGAAGGUUUCUAUGUUUUUUGUGACAAAAUAUUCUCCAGAUUUACUGUAUAUAGCAAUGUCUGCUUGUUGAAUCCAUUGAGAAUACCUUUUCUAAUCGUUAAAUCAGUACAGCAAAGUUUACAACAUUUGAAAUUCUCUCUUCCAGUCAAUUUUAUUUAGUGUAACGGCUGUUUUACGUUAGUCUUUUGCCAUCAGAUUUAAAAGUUGUCAUUUUUUAUGAACAUUUUUGGACCACAGGAUAUGAGUAGAGUGACUGCAAUGAUGUUUUAGCUCAUAACGGUUUUAAAAUAGUUCCUGAAGAAGAAGUUAAAAAAACCUAUGAUUACGCACACUCUGACAGUAUGGAAAUCUUGCAUCAGAUCAUAAGUGUUAUAAUUACUGAUAUUUGUUUUUUUCUUAACAAAAUUGAACAUGUUUUCUACAAAUGCAGAGCAAAACCUACAGGUUAAUGCAAAAUGUUAAGCAACUCUAACAAAACGAAACCCUUUCCAAAAGCAUAUUGGAGAUCAAUUUGUUGCCAUGUGCCAGAAUCAUGUAAAGUAACACCGCGGAAAAUAAUAUAACAAUGACAAGCUAUUAUUAUUUUUGACAAAAUCAAGAAAGCCUAGGAAAAAAUAUUUAGUUUGUGUCAUUUUAAUCAACACUUUUUUUGCUGCCAUCACUUUCUUGCCACAUGAAUAUUAAUUUAUGUGGAGAAUUACUAAAGACACAGUUUGAUUUCCACACAUCAAUGCUGCAGUAUUUAGCAUAGCUAAGAAUGUCCAGUCGUAAAAUGUUUUUUGCGUUGUUGUCUUUGUUCCAUGACAGUCAAAAUUGAUCCUUGCAUAACCUAUAAUCUUCAAAACAAAGUGGCAGCUAGCUGCAUACGGUUUAUUAGAACGAUUUUGUCAUGUCCCAGAGGUUUACCCUUCUACUGGAUCCAUUCUGUUUUGGUUCUUGGUGUACUCGAGCAAAAUCAAAAAUUGGCUUGCACUUGAAUCUAAUUGGUAUGAAACUGUAAAUGCCUUUCAUUUGAUUGAUUGAGACCAUGCUUAUAAUCCAGUCUUUCUUCACCCUUAAUAAAUACUACUCUAUAAAUAUAUAUAAAUAUAUAUAUACUGUAUAUACAUCUAUUUAUAUAUAUAUAUAUCAUUUGUUGCUUUGUAAAUGGAUGCAAAAAGAAUGUGAAAUGUACAGCUGUAAAGACGUCAAUUUUAAUAAACUCAACUACAUUUAUUUGA